AUGCAUAAAUGCCAGUGAGGGUGACAUAAUGUCACUAACAUCAUAUCACCAAAUCUAUUUUGACUAGUAAGACUUUCAUUAUUUAUAGAAAGCCAACCGCAUGGCAUUUGUGUUUACAGGUUUGCAAAAAUAGUUUGUGUGAAAACUAAUUACAGGGAGAAAAAGUUAAUGGCGCGGUGAUUUUUUCGCACAGAUCUGAAGAUGGAGUUCAUCAGCUGCAGAUUGCUUUGAAACAGUUUUGCAAACCAGUAAAAUGUCUGAACAGCUGGCGAUUCAUAGUGCACCGCCUGGCGCCCACAGCUCUCCAGGCUGAUAAGUGCUCUGAAAGAAGUAGGGGAUAUUCAUUCAGGGCUGAGACUCGCCAUAUCCUCAACAACCCAGAGAGCUGUAAAGUUAAAUUAAAGAAACACCAUCCUGGUGAUCUAGAGCAUUAAUAACUCAGUUUAUGUUACAGGUUUAUGCGCCCUGGUGCACAACAGAAGGAAUGCGCACAUCGGCGAACAUUUGUCAGUUUGAGUCAGUGACUGAGAAUUAACAGUGAAAAAGUUAACCAGGAAGGUACAAUGUCUUAUUCCGCCCCCUAUCAGGGGAACACACGGCGGUCUUCUGGUGUGGCACGUGGAAAGAGACCACCGGAUUUGGAGCUGUCAGAAACCACGUUCAGCGCGCCUGAACCUGGGACACCUGUGGGCAACGAGACGUUUUCUGAAAGAGACAAAAUGCCAGAGGACGGUAACACUCCCACCGAGGUACCCCCUGUUCACCUCCACCCGUACUUAUCUCAUCCCCGGAUGUCUGUGCGGAUGUCGGUGUACAGCACCGGAGUCCGUCCAGUCCUCACCCGCGCCUUCAUCCAAGGACGCGUGUAUAACUUUCUGGAAAGGCCGUCUGGCUGGAAAUGCUUCAUGUAUCACUUCACAGUGUUCCUCAUAGUUCUGGCCUGUCUGAUCCUCAGCGUUCUGUCUACCAUCGACCAGUACCAGGCCCUUGCUCACACAACACUCUUCUGGGUGGAGAUCGUCCUUGUGGUGUUCUUCGGUGUGGAAUAUUUUGUCCGCCUCUGGUCAGCAGGCUGCCGCAGUAAAUAUGUUGGCAUCUGGGGCCGACUACGCUUUGCCAGGAAGCCAAUAUCUAUUAUAGAUCUGAUUGUGGUAGUUGCUUCAGUAAUUGUGCUGUCAGUGGGCUCCAAAGGCCAGGUCUUUGCCACCUCUGCUGUAAGAGGAAUUCGCUUCCUGCAGAUCCUGCGAAUGCUCCACGUGGACCGGCAGGGCGGAACCUGGCGUCUCCUAGGCUCCGUUGUCUUCAUCCAUCGGCAGGAGCUGAUCACUACCUUAUACAUUGGCUUUCUGAGCCUGAUCUUCUCCUCGUACUUUGUCUACCUGGCAGAGAAAGAUGCAGUCGACAGCAGUGGCUCCACUGAGUUUGGAAACUACGCUGAUGCUCUGUGGUGGGGAGUGGUGACAGUGACUACCAUUGGAUAUGGAGACAAAGUGCCACAAACCUGGAUUGGAAAGACCAUUGCAUCCUGUUUCUCAGUCUUCGCCAUUUCCUUCUUUGCUCUGCCUGCAGGAAUCUUAGGCUCAGGCUUCGCCCUGAAGGUACAGCAGAAGCAAAGACAGAAACACUUCAACAGACAGAUCCCUGCAGCUGCCUGUCUCAUUCAGACAUCAUGGAGAUGUUUUGCGGUAGAGAACUUUCAUUCUGCCACAUUCAAGAUGUUUUUGAGAAAGAGAUACAACAUCCACGCCUCCUCUCUGUCCACCCCCAAGCCCAAGAAAUCGGUGAAGAUAAGGAGGAAGUUGAAGAGCACUGACAAGGACAACAGUCCAACUUCUCCCACAAUUCCCAGCAUCACCUACGACUCUGUGUUUGACAGUGGGAGGGAGCUGAGUUCAGAUGUUUACAGCACUGUGGGCACAGAUCACCAGCAGUCCUGGACGUCUUUGUCUUCCCUUCAGUUCAGCUCACCGCCUCCAGUGAAAAGAAGCCCUGGCCUUUUGGACGUCCACUCCCCCGGCCCCCUCCAGAGGAACUGCAGCUUUGCAGACGACCUGGAGCUGGAGCCAGAGCGAUACCUUGAACUGGCUCCUGCCACCUCAGUGUCACAAUUGACAGAGUCACACCGAAAAGCCAUCCGGGUGAUCCAGAGAAUGCGUUAUUUUGUGGCCAAGAGAAAUUUUCAGCAAGCUCGUAAGCCAUAUGAUGUGCGAGACGUGAUUGAACAAUACUCCCAGGGUCACCUCAGCCUCAUGGUGCGAAUCAAGGAGCUGCAGAGAAGACUGGACCAGUCUAUAGGGAAGAUGACUUUGUUCCAGACAGGCUCAGACAGAGCCAAAGACAAAGGCACCAACUCUAUCGGAUCCAGACUCAACAGAAUGGAGGACAAGAUAACACACAUGGACCAGACGCUAAACCGCAUCGCAGAGUCCCUCGCCUUUCUGCUGGACCAGAGGGAUGUCGAUGGGGGCGAAGGUGGAGGCAGGCCAAGGCCACGGCUUGGACGGACCUCUAAUGUUCUCCCCAGCCAGGACAGCCUGCCAAGCUAUGACCAGCUAUCUUCAUCACCUUCGUCCUUCUCCUCCAACACCGCGGCCUGCCCCAACCGUCCCCUCAGCACCACUGCCAGUCAGGAUGAGAGCUGCUGAAAUCUGAAACCAAACAGCCUCCAACUUUUUCAUCCAUCCAUCCAUCCAUCCAUCCAUCCACCCCCCCAAAGGCAAAAUGUGGUGAAUACGCAUUUGGUCAAAAGUAUAUCCUUUAAGACCUAAUUCUGACAUUUUUUACAUCUGUUUUACUAAAUUAAAGUAUAGAUUAUCCCAAAUAGAUGUAUUAUUUCUGUGAACAUGUAAAAUUGCAGUAACUACAAAAUAGAGCUAAAAACCAAGCUUAACUGCAGUAACUACACUCUGUCUUGGUAAUCUCAGCGCUCUGACUGCCUUUGUACUUAUUGCACUCUCUGCCACAGAGAUAGACAACUAGAAAGCUAAAGCAACAGAUCCAUAUCAAGUGAAGACUAACUAGCUUAGCUAAAGCAAAAACACACUUUACUUGAUUAGAUGUUUUUCUAGGUGUUUUCUAUAAAUGAAUGCAUGACUCUUGAGACAGACAUGUUAGGUAAAAACUCGGAAAAACCAGGCAGAUAAAAUGGACAAACUUGGACAAAAGAGAGGCAAAGGUCAGAUGGGAAAGCAGGGGAUCAAGCAGGCUAGGUCAGGCAGGCAGAACAAAAGGCUGGACCGCUAAGGCAGAAGCACAAUAGACAAUGUGGCAAAGAGUAAAUGUAUGCCAGUAUACAGUAUAUACUGCAGGACUGAUGGGGGAAAGUAGGAACAGGUGUGCAGAUAGGUGGGGGAGGUCAGGUGAUCAGGGGAAAGGUGGGAAAAGGGGUUACUGGAGGGCAGGAAGGAGUGCCAGGAUCUGAAAUGACAGGAGAGUUCAAAUGUGGUGGGGACAGAACUGACAUCUUGGCAGAUCAGUUUGUUUUUCUCCCUAACUAAAUGGGGCAGUGGCUAAAUCCAAUCAUGAUGGAGAGAAACUCCCUAGCUAGCUGAACUCCUGCUAAAGCUAACGCAACUAGCUUAGUAGAUUUCAGUAACUGUUAUCUCAGCUUCUGACUCUAGUGGAAUUCAUGUGAUUGGGUUUGGUAAAUAUGGACAGACAAACAACUAACAGAUUCCUAUAAGUUAUGGACUGUACACUAGUACACUAGUUAAAAUGGACAUGAAUUAUUCUCUUACAUUUGGUGAAGAAUAUCCAAAGGCAGAUGGCAAUGAUCUGGAGGGGUGGGGUAAUCAGCCUAAAAAGGCAUAAAAUAAAGGCAGUUUAUACGACGUUUCUAUUUGUUACACAGUUUGCCUUCAGCCUGACAUUUCUGAACCCUUUUUCUCAACUUUACUGCUUUGCUGAAUAUUGGCAUCAUGAUCUAUGUGAAAUACCUCAUCAGAGGAUGUGGGACAUAUGUGAACGAGAAACAACAUCAUUAUUGACAUUUAACCACUGAUAUUUCAGCAUAUUGUAUCAGCAUUAGUACAGAGUCUCUUAGAAAUGAUUUCCCUGUAGGAUUGGUAGUUGCCUUUUUCAAAUAUUACUUGAAAUUUAUUCAGGUUAAUGCCAAAGACAUUGCAUCAUGUACUGUCAUUCAAUAUCCUAUAUUCUUUUGAAAUUACAGUAGAUUUAAUUGCAUUCAUCUUUUGGGAGAGGCCUUACAUUUCUAUAUUUCACUUGAAAAGUUUCAAUUCUAUGCUUAAUGCAUUCACUCGAGAGAAACAAAUCUGCUUUGUUUUUAUGAAUUAACGAGAUAAUUCAGAAUUACGAGAUAAGUUUUCAUGAAAAAAAAAAUCCUGCUCUGUUUUUCUGAAUUAACGAGAUACCUCAGAAUCCUGCAAAUCUUGUCGUUUAGCUCGAUUUCAUGGAAGCAAACGUCCCGCCUGUUUAGUUUAAUCCAGUUUUAUUUUGGUUUGGGUUUGAGACAUUGGGAGAUAGGCUGCUCUUGUCUUUACUCCUGUAUUUUCAGCAAUUGCCUGAUUGUCUCUUAAGUCACCACAUAGCCAGCCUGAAUGCAGAAUUCAGAUGCAUCAUCUUAUAUCCGUGAAGCAUGCUAUGUCGGUUCAAUUGAUCCUGGAGAAACACCGCAAUGUCCAGCAGAGCAGAAUGGGCUUUCCGUCUGAAUAACGGCAAAGUCCUGAGGUGCAAAGUCGACAAACUAAUAACAAAACCAUCUAUAUUACUCAUAUAUUAGGGUUUGUGUGUGUAGGUGCGGCGCUGUCCAUACUACUGAACUGCUAUAUGGACACACGCCCUAAAGCUACUGUUCCAAAGUAAAGAAUACAUUUAUUACAUAAGAAUGUAGCACUAGCAGAGCCUGAAUAUAUUUUUGAAUUUAUGAACGAUUCUCUGCAGGGGGGGAGGCGCACAGAAACAGCUGUUUGCAGCUUGCAGCUCUCUGUCUCUUUCUGUCUCUCUCUCUCUCUCGCUCUAAUUUGACGUAGUCUCUGGGAGGGCACACCAGAAUUAUCUAAUAUGACUUCACUCCAAACAUAAUGCGAACGAGUUUGCUCAAAUAUUGGUAGGGACAAUUCUGUCCCCCCAAAAGUACAUGUCCCUACCGUCCAUAUGCACACCUACGCCAUUGAGAUUACUUAAAGACAGGAGUAGCCUAUCUCUUUUUUUUCUGAAGUGAAGCAUUAUGCUUACAUUAAUCAAAUGCUGUUUUCACUGUUUUAAUUCUAUUUCACUUUUUUGUAAAUGUUUAGAAAUAUUCUUCUGUAGCAAUAAAAUGUUGUGGUAAUUGUUA